AUGAGGCGCGGGGGCCCCGCCGCCAUCGCCGCCUGCCUCGCCGGGGCACUCGCCGUGCUGGCGGGGCCGGGGCCGGGCAGUGCCACCGGGACCGGCCGGCGGCCCUCCCGCAGCUACGGGCAUCUGGAGGGCGACGUGCGCUGGAGGCGGCUCUUCUCCGCCACCCGCUUCUUCCUGCGCAUCGACGGCGGCGGCGGCGUGGAGGGGACGCGCUGGAGGGAGCGGCCGGGCAGCAUUGUCGAGAUCCGGUCGGUGCGUGUCGGCGUCGUUGCCAUCCGGGCAGUGCACACCGGCUUCUACCUGGCCAUGAACAAGCGGGGGAGGCUCUACGGGUCGAAGGAGUUCAGCCCCAACUGCAAGUUCACGGAGCGCAUCGAAGAGAACGGCUACAACACCUACGCGUCGCUGCACUGGCGGCACCGCGGCCGCCCCAUGUUCCUCUCGCUCAAUAGCAAGGGCAGGCCACAGCGAGGGGGCAAGACACGCCGGCAGCACCUCUCCACUCACUUCCUCCCCAUGCUCGUCAGCUGA